UCUUGAAAUUGCAAUUGAUCAUCAUGUUUGUUUGCGUAGAUAAUGUCUGCACAUGACAGAUGGUAUGUGUAUAGGGGCGAAAGCAAAGAGCCCAAUGAUCUUCUUUUUACUGUUAAGCGAUCUUCAAUGAUCCAAUUCAAGGCCAAAUUACAUGUGUUUUUGGCAAAUAACACAGAAGAAGAGGUAUGCGACUUCAAGGUUGAAGGGAGUUGGUCUGAAAGAAGUUGUGUCGUUUAUGCUGGAGAUUCUCCCAAUAUAGUUGCUCGGAUGUAUAAGAAGACCACCGCUCAAAGUGUUCUGUUCGGAAAAGACAACUUCUCGGUGACUGUUUAUCCUAACGUUGAUUAUGCAUUCAUAAUUGCGCUUAUUGUGAUUCUGGACGACAUUAACAAGGAAAGCGGCGCCGAGUGAUCAGAU